CCCCCCCGGGCUCCACGGUACCGCAUUGGCAUAGGCACCUGAAAACCGACAACCAUCUCUUGGAAACGCUGCCUGCCGCAUUAUAACCUAAAAGAAAACGAUAUCAUAGGCCCCGCAGAAACCUGUGGGUCGCCUUUCUUCGUGCGUAAAGCUUUUGCGCACAACGCCGAACUGCCUCAGAGACUCGAAAGGUGCGCUUCUCGUCGAGCAUCAGAGCGCAGUGCAAAGAUGCAGAAACGGAGCAGCGACGUCUGAAGGUGACAUGAAACUGGGGAUAAUUAAGACCAGCAGACGUGCAUUGAACAAGAAGUGGAGAUAACAAUUGAAACCCGUCGGUGUCUUAAAACUCAACUUGCGCUUUUCCUCGUGGAUUUAUGCAGAGAAUCCAGAGCUGUCAUCCAAAGUAGUCUCACAUUUCUAUCAACUGGAGGAGAGAAAAACACACCAAUUAAGCUGCAGAAAGUUGCGAUUCGGGAGAGGAACGAAAAAUGGCGACGUUAAUCAGAAGCAAGCUUUCUAAUAAACUGUCAAAUGCAGCCACCACCGUCUCCAACAAAUCCCAGGCGAAGGUGAGCGGCAUGUUCGCCAGGAUGGGGUUCCAGGCCGCCACCAACGAGGAGGCGGUGGGCUUCGUUGCCUGCGAUGACCUGGACUACGACCACCGGCAAGGCAUGCAGAUGGACAUUUUGACUACGGAUGAGAUGGGAGGUGAGGGGAGCGGAGGCGCAGGCGGACUGGACGGGGACAGCCACUACCAGAGGGGCGGCACCGAUCCGGCGAACUCCGACUCGAAAGACGGAGGUCUGGCGAACGAGUUGACUGAAGUCAAACCAAAAAUCACCACGUGGGAGGCGGGCUGGAACGUCACGAAUGCAAUUCAGGGGAUGUUCGUUCUUGGGUUGCCGUACGCCAUCCUGCACGGAGGAUACCUCGGACUUUUUCUCAUUAUUUUCGCAGCCGUGGUGUGCUGCUACACGGGGAAAAUCCUCAUUGCCUGUCUGUACGAGGAGAACGAAGACGGACAGCUGGUCCGUGUGCGGGAAUCCUAUGUGGACAUUGCCAACGCCUGCUGCGCGCCCAGAUUCCCCAACAUAGGUGGCCAUAUCGUGAAUGUAGCCCAAAUCAUAGAGUUAGUGAUGACUUGCAUCCUGUAUGUGGUGGUCAGUGGUAACCUCAUGUAUAACAGCUUCCCCAACAUGCCAAUUUCCCAGAAGUCGUGGGCCAUCAUCGCCACCGUCGCCCUCCUCCCCUGCGCCUUCCUAAAGAACCUGAAAGCCGUCUCCAAGUUCAGUUUGCUGUGCACGAUGGCCCACUUUGUGAUCAACGUCCUGGUGAUAGCCUACUGCCUCUCAAGGGCGAGGCACUGGGCGUGGGACAAGGUCAAGUUUUACAUCGAUGUCAAGAAGUUCCCGAUCUCCAUUGGGAUUAUCGUGUUCAGCUACACCUCCCAGAUCUUCCUGCCGUCUCUGGAGGGGAACAUGUCCAAACCGAGCGAGUUCCACUGCAUGAUGAACUGGACUCACAUCGCUGCCUGCAUCCUCAAGGGCCUGUUCGCCCUCGUGGCCUACCUGACCUGGGCUGACACAACCAAGGAGGUCAUCACAGACAACCUGCCGUCAACCAUCAGAGCUGUCGUGAACCUCUUUCUUGUGGCCAAAGCCUUGCUGUCGUAUCCGCUGCCGUUUUUCGCUGCUGUCGAGGUAUUCGAGAAAUCGUUUUUCAACGAAGGAGAACAUACGAUGUUUCCAAAUUGCUAUGGGAUUAAUAGACGCCUAAAGUCCUGGGGACUCAGUCUCCGAUGCCUCCUCGUUGUGUUCACCUUGCUCAUGGCGAUCUAUGUGCCACAUUUCGCCCUCCUCAUGGGUCUCACCGGCAGCCUGACAGGUGCAGGCCUGUGCUUUCUGCUUCCCAGUCUCUUCCACCUCAGGCUUCUAUGGAGAAAGCUGCUAUGGCACCAUGUUUUCUUUGACGUCGCCAUAUUUGUAAUAGGAGGUAUUUGCAGCAUAUCUGGUUUUAUCCACUCAACGGAAGGUCUGAUAGAGGCUUACCAAUAUAACAUAGAAGAGUAGAUGCACGAUGUAAACUGGUAAUCGCCAUUUAGUGAUAAAAAAAAGAAGACAAAAAAAGAAGAAACUCGACUUCUCGGUAAGCGCAGCCCCCCCCCCCCCUUUGCUUAAUUCAUGCGUAAAAAGCGCGCUCACGACACACGCGGACAUUUCCGCGUUCAUACAGUCUUGCAUCAAUUCAGAAAAGGCGCGCGCACACACACAGAGAAAUAGAAUCCAUGGCCGUAAGGGAAUCCAAUGCAUCCACAACACACUAUAUGGACAAGUAUAUGUUGUAUAGAUAUGAGAACAAACGUACAUAUACAUAUUUUCCAGUGGAGUGAACGUUUACAACAUUGACCUUAAUCAACAUUGCAAAAAGGGCAGUGUGUCUGUUCGUCGCUCUCGUGGUGCUUCCCCACUAGACUUCACUUCAUGUAACGCUAGAGUUUGCGAUGGACGGUUGGACAGCAUAGUGUGACUUAAGUUUAUUUAAAAGGAGAAACAAAACAGAACAAACAACAUUAAUAAAUGCCACUUACUUAUACAGGUAAAUCUGCAAUAUGAUUAUGGGCUGUGAAUGUGGUGUUAAAUCAAGGAAAAGCCUGGACACACGCAAGAAUAAGACAAGGGUGAUAACCAGCAGUGAAACACUCGGAUGCGUUUUGAAAUGUGUUAGAAAUGAGGAUAUUGGACCUUCACCGAGCAGUUUAAAAAUACUGGAAAUGCAAAAUAUCAAAGUACGCAGAAGCAAAACAAUUACGAUAUGCAUUGAAUGUAUGACAUUUUAGACAUACAAAAAAAAAAAAAACUGGGAAGUGUAAAUGAAAACAAAAAUCAAUAUUUGGAUUCUUUUGCGCGAAACUGUUAACAGUUUUGCUUUGAUAUUUUAUUUAUCCAAUGUUUGAAAUUAAUUUGUGAGUUUUUCAAAUCGUGAAUAAUACAAUUCACCAGACCUGGGAUACACAUUCAAACCCCACACCGUGGCCCAAAUCUUAGCAAGAUGGGGACCUAAAAUGAAAAACAUGCACACUAAAUUUACCAUAAUGUUUGUGUCAUUGCAUUUGAAAACACAUGUUGGCCUGUUCUGAAAUUAAUUGGAAGAGUCCGGUCUCGAAAAUUCGAUGUCUAAAAAUCCCAAAAAAGAAAAGAAGAGAAAAAGAGACCAAUAAAGAAGAAAAUGUGCAUACAGACAUUUUUCAUUCUGUGCAAUCCAAUGGGUCCUGUUGAAAUGUUAUAAAACAGUAUGUGUAGUGUGUUAUUGUGGUUUCAAAAUGAUGGAAUGUAUAUCUCAAAGUCGUUAUCAUAUAUCGUGAAAUUAAUAUUAAAUAAAGAAAUAAGUGAAAUUAUAUUGUAAAAAUGUGUGUGGUUUUAUGUCAAACGAAAAAACGGUCAGAACAUGUAUUUUUUUUCUCUAUAAUAAAAGACAGAAAAUUGAGCAAAUA